GUUUUUGUUUUCAUCAUCUUCAUCAUCAUCACCUCCAGCAGCCAUGUCCGUUCUUCCUCUGUGGGUGAAAAUGUUGCGGCAGGUCUGGAGGCUGAAGGGCGUCGUCAUCCUCGUCUGCAGCCCGUUCAUCCUGCUGCCGCUCGCCGUCAGCACCACGGAGGCGGCCUGUGCUUAUGUCAUAGCCCUCAUGGCGGUGUACUGGUGCACUGAGGUGUUGCCGUUGGCUGUGACGGCGCUGCUGCCGACCAUCCUGUUCCCCGUCCUCGGCAUCAUGGAGUCCAAAGAGGUGUGUAUGCAGUACCUGAAGGACACUAACAUGCUGUUUGUCGGGGGACUGAUGGUCGCUGUGGCCGUGGAGCACUGGAACCUCCACAAACGCAUCGCGCUCAGAGUGCUGCUGAUAGUCGGGGUCCGACCUGCCCUGUUGAUGCUGGGGUUCAUGGGAGUGACGGCCUUCCUGUCCAUGUGGAUCAGCAACACGGCCACCACUGCCAUGAUGGUCCCCAUCGCCCAGGCCGUCCUGGACCAGCUCCACAGUAACGUAGACGCUGAGCUCACCACCAUCAGGAGUGUCACAUUACCUCAGGAGCAUCAGGAGAAAACUAUCAGUAUCCCUCAAUCCACUGCCCCAAGCAUCAUGGAGAUGGGUAUGAAUGGAUCAACACAAACUCAAGGAAACGCCGAGAAAACCAGCAACCUACAAAACAAAGCUCCAUCGGACAGCAGCAGCAGUCCUGCUGUGGCUGUGGACAGCACCUUCUGUCAGUUGGAGGUGGAGGAGCUGAGUGACGUGGAGGAGGAGAGGAGGAAGAAGCUGAGUAAAGGCCUCCUGCUGUCGGUCUGCUAUGCUGCCAGCAUUGGCGGCAUCGCUACGCUGACGGGAACCGGACCGAACCUGGUCCUCAUCGGACAGAUGAGCCAACUCUUCCCUCAGAAUGGUGAUGUGAUCAACUUUGCGUCCUGGUUUGUCUUUGCCUUCCCCACCAUGGUGCUGACGCUGACUCUGGCCUGGUUCUGGCUGCAGUUCCUCUACGUGGGCUGCAACCUGCGGAGGACGUGGGGUUGCGGUGCGGUCCAGUCACAGAAGGAGCGGGCGGCAUACGAGAUCAUCCGGGCCGAGCAUUCCCGUCUGGGACCCAUGAGUUACGGAGAGUUCAGCGUCCUGGCGCUCUUCAUCCUCAUGGUGGUGCUGUGGUUCACACGAGACCCCCGCUUCAUGGACGGCUGGGCGACGCACAUCUUCAACAGCAAAGCUGAGUUUGUCACAGAUGCAACCGUUGCCCUGUUUGUUGCUGUUCUGCUGUUUGUUCUUCCCUCUGAGUCCCCGCGCUACCUCUGCUUCUGGAGGCGCACCGAUGCAGAGUCUCAGGUCUCCCAAGGCCCCGCCCCUCCUCUGCUCACCUGGCAGGUGACUCAGAAGAAGAUGCCCUGGAACAUUGUCCUGCUGCUGGGAGGAGGCUUCGCCCUGGCCAAAGGCAGUGAGGAGUCCGGUUUGUCCCACUGGCUCGGUGCUCAGAUGACACCGCUCCACUCCAUCCCUCCGUGGGCCAUCGCCAUCAUCCUGAGUCUGCUUAUCGCCACCUUCACAGAGUGUGCGAGCAAUGUUGCAACAGCGACCCUCUUCCUACCCAUCCUGGCUUCCAUGUCCCAGUCCAUAAGCCUGAACCCUCUGUACGUGAUGAUCCCGUGCACCCUCAGUGCUUCCUUUGCCUUCAUGCUGCCGGUGGCCACGCCACCCAAUGCCAUCGUCUUCUCCUCCGGUUUCCUCAAAGUGUCCGACAUGGCUAAAACAGGCGUGGUGAUGAACAUCAUUGGCAUCGGUUGCAUCAGUUUGGCCAUCAACAGCUGGGGUCGUGUUCUGUUUUCUCUGGACACUUUCCCCUCGUGGGCCAACGUCACUGCACCUGUGUAGGAUUAUUAUUUAUGAGCAAAGAACCUUUUUCAGGUUUUCAUCUUUCUAUCCUUGCACCUGGGCAUUUCACAGCAAGGAGUAUGUUUUAUAUAUUCAUGCUGCAGCACUUUCUGAGCCACCAGAAGCAACAUCUUGAUUUUGUUAUUUGUUUUUAUUGUGCAUGUACAUGUUCUUAGUACUUGGCCCGUACUUGGCAUUUAACAGACUCCAGUAUACAAGGAAUGUACUCUACGUUACCUUUGGUGUAUUGAAUGGCGAGCUCUACCUUUAUGUCCUUGUGAUCUACCCUUAUAUGUGUUAUGAGUGUAAUAUUUACCAAACAGUGAUGUGAUGCUCUAAGUUUUGUCUCUGCAAUGAUCCGGAUGCUAAUGCUCAUACUCCACCAUCAUUUCCAGGUAGCAACCAGAAAUCAUGUAGGCAAGCACUGUGUGCAGCCCCUCCGCUGGCUUCCAGAAGUUCGCCAGUCAGAAGAAGCUGCAUUACAUUAUUAAGGUGCUCUAGUGCCGUGCCAGAAUAAAAAAAUACAGAGCUGAAAAUGAGCAUAAAUGGUCCCCUUAAGAUCUCUAGUUUUAAAUUAAUGCUUAAUAUCCAAGUCUUAAAUUACACACAUUAAUUAUGCCUCUGUGUUAGACCAAAUUUUUAAAAGGUAUUUGACAGUACAAGAAGUAUAACGAAGUCAUGAAUAUUCCAGCUAGUACUAAUCCAACUCCUAACAGAAAUCUGUUUUCUUUCAGUUAUAAUUUACAUUUGUGAUGUCAAGUUCCUGAAACUUAAAACUUCCUGAACAGGUUUCAUAUGAAAAAGAACCCAAAUAUUGGAGAGGGGAAGCCCCCAAAGUCCAAAUCCCAAAGAUGUUAAUAAUUCUAAAUAAAUAAUAAAGAAAGAUACAGAGGAGUCAGCUAAAAAAUAAAUACAAUUAUAAAUACUCCAAAUAAUGAAAAAUACACAAACUGGAGUUGCAGUUCAACAUACAGUUCAAAUAUUAGUACUUGUUAUGGUAUCUUAAAACUCAUCUAAAUUCCCAACAACACCAUCAUAGAAUAACAAUAUCUGAGUCCCCAAGUUGUAAAUGGAUUCUCUUAUAUAAUUAAAAAAAGAAAGACAGCUUUCUUUCGAAUUAUGUCAUUAAAUCUUUGUGAGACUUUCAACUGUAUCCACAGAGAUUCAGAUUCCUGUACACUUCUUAAUUUAAAAAAAUAUAUAUUAGUGUCAUUAAUGAUAAUUAUUGACACUAAUAUAUAUAACCCAGAGAAGCUGAAGUGAUGGAAUUAAAAAAUUAUGAUAGGCUUUUAAUUUGAAACAUCUUCAGAAAUCUUCGAGUUUUAUUGCCAGAAGCUCAAUUUAAAAUUACGCUUCUGGCUUAAAAUUUAUUAAUUUAAAAAAAAAAAAACAGCAAAGUAGAAGCAGCUGUUAAAAAUGAGUGAAAGCAUUAUGACCAUGAAAACAUGGAUAAAGUUUAACAGAGGGUUAAAAGGACCUAAACAGGAAGGCUGAAAUAUGAUCAACUAUAAUUAUAAAUCACUUAAAUAAAGGGCUGUCUGUAAUAACAGUAUAAUUUAAUUCUGUUAUUUUUUUGUUUGGAGUAAAAAAAGAAAAACUGCUGUUGUGGAUAUUUAUCAGGUCAUCAUAAAUCUGUGAAACUGCUUGUUAGCAGUGGUGUGCCACAGGGAUCUGUUUCAGGUCCUUUUCAGUUUAUAUUAAUGAGAUUGUUUCUUCUAGAUUUAAUUUUAAACUUUGUCUUUAUGUAGAUGAUGCUGUUUUAUAUUUUGUUGCUGUUCUCAUCAGUCUGCCAGUGAGAAAUACUUUGACUCUUAUUUUCUUUGAGAUAAUUUCACUGUUGGGUGGUUUUUAUUUGGAGGACUGACUGGAACAGCUGAAGUAACCUCACUGAUCAGGACAAUGUCCCAAAGAAGAAACCACUGUUUUCCCUGUGAACUGGAACUAUUAGAGUAAUUAGUAAAUAUGCUUUACAUUUUAUAUUGUUUGUAUUUAAACAUGGUAACACAGUUUUUAUGCAAUCUGGUGAGCGUGUUCUGUAACUUCUCAGAGUUUUAUACCUUCUUGUUAACAGUUAUAUUUGGUAUUAAUAAAGGUUUAUCUUUAAAGGCAA